AUGGAUCCGAGUUCUGCUCUUGAACAGACGACUCUAGAUGUGUCGAAUCUACAAUCAGAGUUUAAGUACAUACUUGAUGAAAUUGGAAAUGCAGACUUAAAGAUAUAUGAUUCUCGCAAGAAGUGCUUACAGAGGGACUUGCAGAUACAGAAAUUCUACAAACAACACGGCUCAUUGACAGAGAACCCGCGGGAGUCUGAACUGUCUGAGAAAGUACUGCGAGAUCUGCAACUGUGUCGGGAUUUACAAAAUGACAAAUGUGUGCUUUCCAACACAGCAUUGUUUUUAGUAACCAAACACUUAACUAAACUUCAAGACACGAUCAAAAUUCUCGAGGAAGACAACUCCUUGGCGCCGGCAGAAAAUGAUGAAAAAGAAGCAGAAAGUGGCGGGGAUAACUCAAGAGAGAGCUCCGUUUUUUCAGGAAGUGGAGAAGCGCGUCGCAAGAAGAAUGCAACCCCGGGACCAACAGCAGCGGCUACGAAACGAAAACGGAAAAGCGAAGGACCUCCAAGUGCUCGCAACAAAGACUCCACGCCCGUAGGCUCCGCGGAUCCCAAUUUCGACCUCCAAGACUACAAUGACGAUUUGUUCUCGGGUUACAACCAGGCAGAAGAAGACGACAAACAACUCUACUGCUUCUGCCAAAGUGUCUCAUAUGGCGAGAUGGUCGCGUGUGAUGGACCUCACUGCAAGUUUGAGUGGUUCCACUAUACUUGCGUAAACCUGAAAGAGCCUCCGAAGGGGUCGUGGUAUUGCCCCGAUUGUAGGCAAGAGCUAGCCAACAGCAGGCUCAAAAAACGCAAAAUGUAA